AAACAACUAGAAGUUAACACUGACUGAGCACUUAACGAAGUACCAUGUACAGCUGCUUAUUUAUACGGUUAUCCAAUCAGCCAACUGCGUGGCAGCAGUGCGAUACAUAAAGUCAUGCAGAUUUAAACGGGGGGUUGUUAACUCAGUGACUUUGACUGUGGUAUGACUGUUGGUGCCAGAUGGGCUGGCAUCCAGUGACCAGCAGCAGCAGCAGUUCUACUGAUGGAAGUUGAUGAGUGAGGACAGAGUAGAAUGGCCAGACUGGUUGGGGCUGACAGAAAGGCUACGCUAACUAAACUAACCGCUCUUUACAACUGUUGUAAGCAGAAGAGCAUCACAAGAUGGCACAACACGUCCAACCUUGAGGCAGAUGGGCUACAACAGAAGAAGAGUCGAACCAAUACAGGUUUUAAAAAUACGGGGCUCGGGUUGUAGCUCACCCAUAGUGUUGCCGAGCAACGACAGAUUUACGUGCGGCAAUUAACGACCGCGGACAAUUUUGAGCAACAGCUUCUGUGAGACAUAAAUAAAGGAGUCGACAUGCCUUGCCGUGUAGCUGUUGACAGAAUUGGGUGCAGAAUGAGUCACAUUUGUGGCAGGGCCCUAUCAGACAAAGAAAAGAUCUUAAAAUUUUUCAACAGGCAGUCAGAAACAACAGAUAAAAAAUGUUGCUUACUGAACAUAGACCAUAAUAAGACAGAUGGGCAGAACAAAAUGAAACGACUGAAGACCCGCAAGGAAAGGAGUCAGACAAGAGGUGGUCGGAAAGCGGCCUCAAAAACCAAAGUACAUCACCAUCACUACCAUCACCAAAGCAGUCGAGACAUGGCACACCCCUGUAACUGUUGUCACAGUAGCUGGCAUUGUCCUUUAAGAAGAGCUGCACAAUUUCCAAAUGUCAUUCCUGCUGCACAGGAACCAAGCAUCAUCACAGACAGCCGCCUGAUCGGACACCAUGGCCUGUUCAAACAUGAGGUGAAGUCUGUUGACAUUGAACGCUUGUUAAGUGAGCAGGGGAAGGUGGAGAAAAGUGGACAGAAAGCACAAGAAAAGAACGAUGCAAUUUCACAUCCAUCUUCAACAUCUCACAUUCCUUCUCCAUUCUCCAGUAAUGACUUGUUGGGUGCUGAUACUGGUGAGGUUGAGCCAGUUGAAAAGAAAACAGACUCUGCUAUAAACACCCAUGAUGAUUGCCAUGAAAAACAGAAGAAAAUCAGUCAUGGAUCAGAUGUUACACUUGGGCAGAGACCACAGCAACAACUUCAUUUUUCAUCUGGAAGCUAUAAAAGCAUCUUCUCAUCUAAACACAGCUCCCUCGAUGUAGUAAUAAAUAAAAGCAAAAAACUGACUCCCACUGUUGACAGAGACAAUGUAAAGACGUUAAACAGGAAAGUAAAGACACACAUGAAUUCUACUGUGAAGCACACCGCAAAGAACCCGGAGUGUCCUGUUUACCAGACAGAAGCUCAUGGUCUCAGCCCGGGCCCACUUCAGCUCUCCAGCUCACUCAGUGCUGACAGCUUUGAAUUACAACACAGAAGACAAGUUCCUGCCUUUGUAUUUAAGUCUGUCAGUGAAAUGGCAGCACGUUUGUGUGACUGUCUGCAGUUCCCACUUCUGAGGAAGAGAAACCUGGUGGCAGAGAGCAGGGAGGUGCUGUUGAAAGCUAUGCAGGAGAUGCAUGGAACCCGGCUUCAGGAGAACCUUUUCGAGGAACAGCGACACCUGAGCUUUGGUAUUGAUCUAGCAAAGGCAGUCCAGGAUCACGUUCAGGAGCCAACCAUGAUAUAUGAAGAUGAGCUGCCUACAGAUUCAUCAGCAUUUAAAGCUGACACUGCUAGUCAGCCAUGUCUUGACAGCCAAAAAACCACAUCUUUCAAAAUGAUUGGAGGCAGGCAUUUUAACUGGAAGUCUAGUCUACAGCCACACCAAAGCCUGGAACGGACUGCUGAAUGGUUGACAAGCCCUGUGGAUAAUUCUGCCAGUCUUUUGGAUGAUAUCCUCAGACCUAGUUGCUCUCCUCAGUUCAGCAUGGACUUUGAGCCUUCUGCAUCUUCAGCAAGUGAUCAUUUGUUUGCUCCCUCUCCCACCUCAUGCUGGGGAGAAAAAGCCUCUGCAUCUCAGCACUGGAAAAACAGUUUCAACAGGCCAAAGAGCAAAGAGCCAGUUAUUUUUGAUUCCUUUGAAAAAAUCUUUACGAACCACAGCCAAGCAGUUAGAGGUAGUAGCUGUGGGCCUCAGGACAAUGACAACAACAUCCAGUCUUUCUUUCCUUACCAAGCACAGCUGCCAGGUAGACAUUCAGCAGAGCCACUGCAUUUUCCCCAGGAGCAAAACCCCUUUGAAACUGACAGAUACUCCUUUGCUCACUCCUUCUCUGCCCAAAUUCACCAUUCUAAUCAGAGCAACCAUUUCCAGCCUUUCAGCCAAUUCAGUCUCUCUUCAACUUGCCCUCCCCUCAGGUCCCACCACACGGACAUGAUGCAUUACCCACCAUCUCACAUGCUUGAAAGAGGCCCAGCACCUCCCUUUUCUUUACCGAGCCCUGAGCACUGGUCCUUUCCUCCUAUGAAACUGUACUAAUGUGUAGUGAAACUCUGCAUAAAGUCAUGCCUGUGAACAUUUCUUUAGUUAACUAAACACCAAUGCUCUCUUAAUUCGUUCCAUCAACACUUUUUGUUCAUAAUCAGCGAAAAUUUGUGGUGUGCUCAAUUUUUAUUAAAAAUACAGCAUUAAAUGUAAUAACAAUAGCUGUCAUCUCAAGAGUUAUCUCUUUUAUUCUUUUGUGCCAUUUAUUAGAUAAAGAAACACACAAUUAUGUAUUGGCUGCAUCUUUGGAGAAUUUUUUAAUAUGCAGUACUGUAUAUAAACACAUCUUCACUAACACAGGUGCUAUAAUAGGAAAUUUUGUAGGAAUAAUUUUGGCCAUGAAUGUGCUAUUGUGAAAGCUAUUUAAUUUUUUUUUUUUUUUUUUGUGUGUGUGUGGGCAACAUUUAAAUGCAAGAAAACCCAUUUGUACAAGUGUAAAAUAGAGGAAUUCCAAGCAUCAAGCAUUACUAAAUAUAAAACUGACCUGAUCACAAGAUAUUAAAUGACACUGUUGAUUCAUGCUUGUAUAAAUGAUGUUAUUGUUAAUCCUUUAUAAUCCUUGGAUCACACUGUACUUUCACACCAUAUUUUCAUAACCCUCUCCCUGCAGCAGAGAAUUGAAUUUAUCAUUUGAUAUACUG